CUGCUGCUGCUGCUGCAGGUGGCUCGACCCCAGAUCACCGCAGAGCCGCUCGGCACAUGACUGAGUCCCGCCCGGCUGGAGGAGGAGGAGGAGGAGGGGGAGGACCUGGAGGAGGAGGAGAGUGUGAGUGUCUCCCCGUCACAGUGAUGUGAACAGUGGGGAAGCUCAGGCUCGGGAUCCGCUACGUCAAACAGAUUAGUCAAAUAACCUCCGCUGGUUGAACAUUAUCUCCUGUCUGCAAUGAACUGACGAAGCAACAGUGUCUCACAGAGAGCCAGGAAGCAUUUGGGUGAAACACAGAAGUGCACUACUUUUCUUUUCAUUUUUUUUUUCUUAUCUUUCUUUUUUUUUCUGACUGGAUGAGGCUGUGUUGACCACCUCCUCCUCCUCCACCACCACCACCAGCGGCGGCGGCAGCAGCAGCAGCAGCGUCUCUCCCCGUUCUUCUCCUCUUCCCCUUAACCCUCCACAAUGGCGAAAGAAAACGGCGAGUCCGGCGAGGGUUCGUGGAAAAAGCACGUCGAUGAUAUCAAGAAGAUAUUUGACUUCAAGGAAGUCCUUGGCACUGGCGCGUUUUCUGAGGUGGUGAUGGCGCGGGAGAAGGCCGUGGGGAAGAUGGUCGCAAUCAAGUGCAUCCCAAAAAAGGCACUGAAGGGGAAGGAGAUGAGCAUCGAAAAUGAAAUCGCUGUUCUGAGGAAGAUAAAGCAUGAGAACAUUGUGGCACUGGAGGACAUCUAUGAGAGCUCAAACCACCUGUACCUUAUAAUGCAGCUGGUGUCUGGAGGUGAACUGUUUGACCGCAUCGUGGAAAAGGGCUUCUACACAGAGAUGGAUGCCAGUCGACUCAUUCGGCAGGUUUUGGACGCAGUCAACUAUCUGCACUCCAUGGGCAUAGUGCACAGAGACCUGAAGCCCGAGAACCUGCUGUACUUCAGUCCCCAUGAUGACUCAAAGAUCAUGAUCAGUGACUUUGGCCUCUCAAAGAUGGAGGGAACAGGAGACGUGAUGGCCACCGCCUGCGGGACUCCGGGAUACGUGGCUCCCGAGGUUUUAGCUCAGAAGCCAUACAGUAAAGCUGUGGACUGCUGGUCUAUUGGGGUCAUCGCAUAUAUUCUGCUUUGCGGUUACCCUCCCUUCUAUGAUGAGAACGAUUCAAAGCUGUUUGAGCAGAUUCUCAGGGCGGACUACGAGUUUGACGCGCCGUACUGGGAUGACAUAUCAGACUCUGCCAAAGACUUCAUCAGCUGCCUAAUGGAGAAGGACCCAGAGAAGAGAUUCACAUGUGACCAGGCUCUCGAGCAUCCCUGGAUUGCUGGAGACACGGCUCUCUGCAAGAACAUACACGAGUCCGUCAGUCGACAGAUGCGGAAAAACUUUGCCAAAAGCAAAUGGAGGCAAGCCUUCAAUGCGACAGCUGUAAUCCGCCACAUGAGGCGUUUGCAGCUGGGAACCAGCUUUGGCAGCAGCAUUUCCAGCAACAACUCAAUGUCCAAUCCUCAAAGCCGAGCUCCGACCAAGAGCCAGUCUGUGGACUGUGCCCCGCUCUCUCUGAAGGACUGUCCUCCCAUAGCCCCUCUGCCGUCUGCUGUUAAAGUGUGCAAUCAGGACUCUGAUGCUCCAGCCCCUAUAUGUGAGGAGACCUCCGUGGUGGCCGAGCCGUCACGGCCACGACCUUCCACGGUUACCGUCAUCCACACGGGGACUAAAUGACGCCAGGUUCCGCGGGAGGUGAGCUGGGAGACCACUGAGCUCUGAGACGGAUCAAACCAUCCCAGGUCUCGUGAUUUAAGGUCGUUUGCCCGGUUUGCCCAUCCCGCAGCCUCUCUUCUUUUUUGACAACCCGUGGGAGGAAUUUAAGGAGCAUUGGCUCGGCUCCGUUUGUCGUGGUCCAAGCAAGUCGAAACCUGCUGCCUCGCUUCCUGUCGUCGCAUAUAGACAUCGAGACACGGAAGAGACAGAAGUUGUUAUUGUGUGAAGCCAUGUUCAGGAGGGAUCGUGAUCAGACCGACAACCUGGUGGUUCCGGGAAGUGUCACGCUAGAAAAAAAAAAAAGGGGGGGGAACGGUGUGUUGAACCUGCUGUCAUUUGUGACUGAGUGUCCUGAGACAUGGACGCUCUUCUGUUUGCCUUGUGUAAAUAUCCUAGAACUGUAGCGUGGAGUGAUACGUGAAGUAUAAGCUUUCAAGUUGUGGUAACUAAUUGUGACAUCAUCUGCACUCUGAACUUCAUGGUUGUUUGAGCUCUUUUUUGAUUUGCUGUGGUAUUUUGCUACGACGGCUCACAGGGUCUUGACACCGACAGUAUGACAGUGUGUGUGUGUGUGUGUGUGUCUUUGCUUUAAAGUUCGUGGAAGACGAUGAGACACAAGCAGGAGAAAGUGCUUUAGUCACAGAGCGUGAUCGCUGAGGAUGCCGGUGCAUUGCACUAAUCUAUCGGAUUAUUUAUUUUCUUAUACAAUAUAUUAUGACUUUUUUCCAAGACUAUCACUUUGAGGAAUGUGUAAAUGUGCUAUUAAACAGGACUGAACAUGAUGGAUAAAGACACAGUAUCUUAUAGGUGUUACUUUGUAUUUGCCGUUUGAUUUGAUUAACUACUUCUGUUGUGACUGUGACAUCCUCCUUGACCACAGGAGGGCACACACACGUUGUGGCUUUAGUGACCAUUUCUCAGGGAUGUGGUCUAACGUGAAUCUGACCAAAAACCCCCUCUCAGAGAGGUCAGACACUGCUGCUGAAAUAUAGCUGUAAAGUCCUGCAUGUUAUGCUAAUGUAUCAUUGGGAGUGUUUGACAAAUAUUCCCUUUGCAAAAAUCCAACAUUACUGACAUAUGAGAUCACGUCAAUCACUCUAAACGCGUUGUAUCCCCGUGAAAUGCACUGGGUUACAGAUUUGGAUUUAAAUUAAAAUUGUAAAUGUACCUGAACAACAAUCGCUCCAAUUGUGGAAUCAUGAAGUGAGUAUAGUGUAAAAUAUCCUGCUCUGUCUCUGCUCAUGAAAUGGCAGCCUCUCUGUGUUUAAUCACUGUGCUUUCAUACCAGCCUGUAGAAUUUAGCAGAAAGCCUCUUUUCUCUCUCCCUCCCUCCCUCCCUCCCUCCCUCCCUCCCUCCUUCCCUCUCUCUCUCUCUUGCACUGAACAGAGAAAAGCUAAAUCCCUCCGUAUACCAUAUGAAAUAUUGAAUAGUGAACCACUAUUUGCUGUAAAUACAAUCUCAACAACGACAGUUUACCUGGAUCUGUUUGUCUUCCCCGUUUCCCUUUUCUCAUGAAAAGAAAGCUGAAUAUGGUGCAUUUAAAGUCCCUCAGUGUGCAUGUAAUACAUAUCGUCACUGAACUGUUGUUUGUACUUGUAGAAGUUGAUGUAUUAAAAAAGAGGCUUGUUUGCAUGUGUAAUUUUUUUAGUAUUUUUUUUGUUUUGUUUUGUUUUUGACCGAGACUGAAAAUAAAGUUAUUCUAAAUGUUUUCAGAUUAUUUAAAUUACAAUUUAUCUAAUGCCAUUGCAAAUUGGAUUAAUAUAUAUUAAAUGGAAACAGCAUAUUUACAGUCAUUCUGCUUCUGGAACCACAUACUUUAAAUAGUUCUCCUUUGUGGCCUGUUGUUAUUUCCCUUGCUGAUGACAUUUAUGGGUUGUAACUGAUCUCAAACAUGGGUAAAUCCAUGAUUUAUGAAAACUAUGCAUUUCAGUGCAUUUCUUUGCCUGUGAAUAACCCUUUAAAUGUAUUGUUAACAAUCAUCGGUUCCACCUUUUCAGACAUGACAGCUUUAAAUCCACUAAACAAUAAUACUGAAUUGACUUUCUUUGCUUCUGUAAACUUUGGGUGUUAGAGAGCAAAUAUUUAAUCAGUUGAUCAUAAAAAAUAUACAGCA